AUGCACACGAAUGCUAACACUCCGCAUUUUCAACGAUAUGAAGAUGAAGAAAUGUUGCAGCAUGAAGAGCUUUUUGAAGAAGCCCCAUCUGAAGAAGAUGAUCAGGUGGAAUUUGACAAGUAUGUCUUGGACACUUCUAUUUAUGAAAUCGAAUGGCAUGACGGUGAAACUGAAUCCUAUCGUGCAAACGAAGUUAUUGAAGCAAUGAUGAUGAAUGUUGAUGACGACAGUAAUAGUAUCCUCCAUGUGAAAGAAUUUAUUGAUCACAGGACGGAUGGCACACCAGUCCAUGCUGAUGAUGGUUUUGUCGUGGUAAAGAAUAAGAAAGUUCCUCGAAGAACUACAAAAGGGUGGUAUAUGUGUGCUCAGAUUCAUGGUGAUGAGACAGAAUGGAUCGAUUUGGAAACGGCAAAGGAGGCCUAUCCAAUUCAGGUGGCCGAAUAUGCUGUUGCUAACGAACUUGUAUCUGAGACUGCUUUCUCUUGA